AUGCCGACUCUAAGGGAAGCACUUGACGAGGCCCAAGCCUUUUUGAUCCCCGCUUGGAAAGCUGGUAACAAUGGUCCAUCCUGGCUGCGGAACCAAUCGACGGCUUCAGAUCCUCAAAAAGGAGUUUUACGGAGAGAUCUGGCACUCCUACAUCAGAUCCACGAAGCGGAUGUCUCAAGCCAAGACCAAACCAAGGUUCCUAUCUCCGAAGGGGAGUAUGACGAGGACUCCAGGAAGACUCUCUACGGCCUUCUGGACCUCUUGGCCGUUCGGGGCAUCCUUCCCUCGCUUUCUCCAGGUGUCGCUAUAACACGUCGACCUAAAUCUGUGCUCAAAGGCCUAAAUAAGCCUGCUGAAUCUGAACAUGCUCUGCAGCCGGACGUAGGCUUGCUUUCCGAAAUUAUUGACGGAUUGGCAAAAUUUUUGCAGAAUGCUCAGAUUGGUCUCGCGCCUCUUGUACGAGAGCGUGUUCUUGUAGAUGUUCUAGCCGGUGCAGGUGAACUUGCGUUCUCUCCUAAAUCGAACAGAGCUUUCAAUGCGAAAUACGAAGAGAUAUUCACAAAGCUUGUGCAAGAGACUCCGACUGCAUCUGCGCUGCCUCUUCUUACGUAUCUCAUUCAACCUUCAACACCUCAAUGGCUGAAGAUCCAUCUUUCGAAACAACUCGCUAUCAUCCCGCUUCGUCCACGUGGUGUUCGGUAUACCAUCGAGUUCAUUGCCUCCUCAUACCCGCCACCACCCCAGCCGGCGGCUGAACCCGGGCGCGAGGUUGACACGAGAGGACCACCACUGCCUCUUGAUGCCUUGCUACAGGCGUCAAAGCUUCUAUCUUCGGUUCCUAGCGGCAUGUCUGCAGACGCCUAUUUCAAGGCCUUAGCACCGCAGCUUCUGGCUAUGCUUGACGGGAAUGAUGGCCCGGAGUUCAGUAAAGCUUCAGCUUUAGUGAUCAGUACGGUCCUUGGACAGAGAGCCUUGGGUACGCCUGACGCGAUAGGCUGGAAGCUGUUUGCCGAGCCCAUGAUCUCAAGCAUAAGCCCACCUGCAAAAGGAAAAGAGGGAGCGUCAACAACAAGCAGUGCUGCAAUGGGCUCAACCAUUGUCUCCGAGCGCGAUCUGAAGCGUGCCAUGGCACGACUUACGGCUCUUCUCACGGCUCGGCCCAACAUUGGCCUUAACAAGCGUCUGCUUAGCAGACUCAUGUUGCCACUAUGGGCUCUUCUUGCCUACAGUAAGUCCAGGCCUCUGGAUCGCUCUUGGCGCGACACGACCUGGGGUCUUCUCGAAAUCUACUUCAGACUUGGCGCCAACGUGGAGCAACUGGAUAGCCUUGCAGCAAACCUGCUUUUUGAUGGACCUGCAGCCUGGAUUUUUGCACCUGGCAGUGAAGGCGGCAUCGAGAUACGCCGAAGAGAGAAGUCACCAGCCGAAGACAACAUUCUUGAGCGAAUGGGAAAAGUUGAAACAAGGUUGUCAGCCUACCAAGAGCUACUUGAAUCUGGCGCAAUCGAGGACCAAGACAUUGGCGAACUCUUUGUCCGUUUAACCAGGAAAUGGCUCUUACCACAAACUGCUACUGCAUCGAAAGGCCCCAGCUUGCGGUCACCAGAAGAGGACGAUCCACUACAAUCUCUCAUUAACGCCAGGCUUGUGAUGAGCAUACUGGAGAAAUUCAAGGACAAACUUGCUGCUGACCCCGGAAACAUGAUCCAAAUAGUCAAGCAGCUACUGGAUGAGUGGGUCGAGGCAGAAAAAGCGAACAAGAAGCGAAAGCGAGAUCUUGAAAAGGCUACAUACGCCGGUCUCAGCAAUAUCGUUCAGCAUGAGAAUGCUCCAGCUGUCGGCGGCACUGACGAACAAACAUAUACUCCCUUAGUCGACUCCAACGAACUGCUGCCGAUUGCUCUGAGCUUUCUGAGCACAAUCGUUUCAGCUCCAAACUUCAAGACCACCAAGCAGGUAUCAGAGACGCUGUCCACCAUCAUCCCCCCACUGCAACUAGUGAGCCGAGCGCAAUCUCUCCCAGAAUCCGUACCUCAAACAGCCGACAACCUCAUCACGCAAAUCUCCAGCAUCCUAAACAUCCCCGUCCCCAAGACAGCAGCCCCAGCAGAGGCCCCCUCAGACGCAGACCGCAAAACCCUCAACGCAGCCCUCAACGAACUCAUCGACCCAGCUCCACCCAUCCGCGCAAUGGGCCUCUCCACAAUCCGCGACCUAACCAACAAACGGUCCCCCGUCAUCGACGUCCCGACCAUCACCCUCCUCCUGAUCCGCGACCUCCUCACCGACAAAGAAGAAUACGUCUACCAGCACUGCAUGCGCACCCUAGCCGCCCUAACCCAGCGCGACCCACCCCUCGUAAGCAACCUGCUCGUCGACGCCUUCGCGGACCCCAACGAAAACGCCGUCGGGGACGGCGGGCUCGAAGGCCGCCUCCGCGUCGCCGAGACCUUGGGCCGCGUCGUCGCGGACCUCAGCGAUGACAGCGCCGCUGCCCUCGAUCCUCGCUCAGCUGCCACCUGGCGCCCUCUCGUGCAGCGCAUCGCCAGCGCCACGCUCACGGUAUCUAGCCGGCGCGGCCAGCGGGCCAAGGACCUCGCUGCGCGGAAGCGCGCUGCGGCCCUCGGCCGCAAGAAGCAGCGCGAGGCAGAGAAGGAGUGGGGCGGUAGUGUGCCCGAGAUGCCGUCGCUGCUGAACAUCACUGGGGACGGAGGAGAUGAAGAGCCUGAGACGGAGCAGGAUAGAGCUGAUGCUGCGCUGCUCGAAAGCAUCAUUGCUAAGUGGUCCGACACUGGGCUGCAGGAGGAUGUGCGCCUGCGCACUUCAGGCCUUAGUAUCUUGGGAUCAUUGCUGGAGCGGCCGGCGACACUGGCUUUGCUGGCGCCUGACGCCGUGCGCAGCGGUGUGGAUAUUGCGCUUGGUGCGCUGAGUCUGGAGACGGAGGCGAGCUUUGCGAUCUUGAGGCGCGCGGCCGCGAUGGUUAUUAUGAGCUUGUUGCGAGGCAUGGAUGCUGGGCUGGAAGCGGGCGCAGAGGUCGCGAAAGGCGUCGAGAGGAUUGUGGGACCGGCGGUGGGAGCGGAGAGGUGGGCUGAGAUUGGGCGUGUGAUGGAGUGGGUUAGGGAUGGAGAUGAGGAUGUGGUGGCGAAGGGGCAUGCGGGGGCGGUUGUAGAGGGGUUGGAGGCGCUGAGGGUCAAGAGGGCUGUGGGCGUGAAGGCGGACGGGACGGCUGUCGACCAGGGAGGCGUGAGGCUGGGGUUGGAGGGAAAGUUGAGGGGUUUGAAUGUCGGUCCUGAGAGGCAAGUGGGUGAGGAGAGCGCGGAGAGGGAAAGACCGAAGAUUGAGGAGGUGGAGUGAGGCGGAGGAUGUUGGCAGUCCUUGCAAGUACUUUAGAUACGCUGUUGUAAUUUCACAUGC